UUGCUUCAAAGUAUGCUGGAACAGGGACUGAGCAUUUCACUACAAACUUUGAAUUUGUUUUUAAAAACUUUGCAAAACAAACUUUUAAAAUAAUGGCGGAAUUGAAAUCGACCUUGUUAGAAGUCCAAAGUCAGGUUAAUUUAAAUACGCAACAUCUGCAAGCAUUGACUGAUGGAGGUUUUGAAACUGCAGAUAGGGUUUUUGAACAACUUGAAUUGCCAAUUGGUAAUAUAUGUGAUUUUCUUGAUCUAAAUCUGAAGCUUUCAGACAAAGUUUUGUUCAAGAGACUGGUGGUUGCUGUUUCUUCCAAAGGCGGAUCUACAUUAAGAGAAGCCGUGAAAUUUAUGUUAAGGAGCAUGUUAAAUAAUACAGUUUUAAGAAAUUUAAACUGGACAGGGCAACCGCCAAAAACCAAAUUCGGAAAUACAAAAUGCCAUCGAGUUAUUUUAAACGCAAUAGCAAGGAAUAUUCCAACACGAAACUCUACAGAGUGUGAUAUACAAAAAGAAAUUGUUCGCUAUAUACAAGGGUCGAAUGAUAGAGAUGGCGGUCGUAAAGAACAAAAAGAUAGAAGGAAACAUUCGACGCCGAUUAGCAAUAUUACAGAUAUUGAAACAUCUUCAUCUUCAAAUGUUGAUUAA